AUGUCCACCCCGCAUCCCCUCUCUCAGCUGAGCAUCAGCGAAACCACAACAGCCCGCGAUGUGGUUCGUCGCUCUCAUCCAGGAACCGUCCUGAACUUUCGAGUUAUCUUCCUUCUCGAGCCCCCGAAAGCCGAUGUUGAGGCCUUUCUGGACCUUGAGCACUCUGGCAAGCUUACCGCUGAGUCGCCACGUCCACCAAGAUUGGCCCAGGCUUGGUACGAUGUCAUUGGCAACACACGUAUCCCGCAGUAUCAUGAAACAAUUGUCGAUUUGACCAAGGCCGAGAUUGUCGACCAAAAGGUCAUUGAUCCCAAGAGCAAGCCCAGUCUCUCCAUGUGGGAGUUUGACAAGGUAAUCAAGUGCGUCGAGACAUCACCAGCCGUCAAAGAAAAGAUCGAUGAGCUGCGUCUCCCCGAAGGAUUUGAAGUUGUCGUCGAGCCUUGGCCAUACGGAGCCCCAGAUGCAGGCGAUGACGAUGAGCGUGUCUUCCAAGCCCUCCUCUUCGCCCAGGACAAGAGGAGCGGAAAUCCAGAUUCCAACUUCUACGCUUACCCGCUACCCAUCAUCCCAAUCAUGAACUACAACACCGGAGAAAUCAUCCGCAUCGACAUGCCCGCCACCGGCGGAGGAGAUGACCCUCUGACUGGCCGGACCAACUUUGGAGGCAUCAUCGAUCACUGCGACACGGCGGAAUACGUCCCAGAGCUUCUCCCCGACGGUACGAGACAGGAUCUCAAGCCUCUUACUAUCGUGCAGCCGUAUGGGCCUAGCUUCAGGGUUGACGACAACCUCGUGCGGUGGCAAAAGUGGCAGUUCCGGGUCACGUUCAACCCUCGAGAGGGUGCCGUGCUUCACGACCUUCGGUACGAGGGCCGAAGUGUGCUGUAUCGUCUAGCCGUCAGUGAAAUGACCGUCCCAUACGCUGACCCUCGUACCCCGUAUCAUCGCAAGCAGGCUUUCGAUUUUGGCGAUGGAGGUCUAGGUAAUGCAGUCAACAACCUGACCCUUGGUUGUGACUGUCUUGGCGUUAUCAAGUAUUUCGACGGCGUGCUCGUCGACAACGAGGGCAACGCAACAGCAACCAAGAACGUCAUCUGCCUCCACGAACAAGACAACGGCAUCAACUGGAAGCACACCAACUGGCGCACCGGCCGAGCCGUAGUCACGCGUCGUCGAGAGCUCGUCGUUCAGUUUAUCAUCACGCUUGCCAACUACGAGUAUGUUUUCAACUUCAAGCUCGACCAAGCAGCCGGCAUCGUCGUCGAGGCCCGGGCGACAGGAAUCGUCUCGGUUGUCAACCUGGACCUCGGGAAGACGGCACCCUGGGGAAACGUGGUCAACCCUGGGGUUUUGGCUCAGAAUCACCAGCACGUCUUUUGCGUGCGUAUUGAUCCGGCCAUUGAUGGGAACAACAAUACGGUGGUGCAAGAAGAAAGUCUGCCUGUUGCCAUGGACCCCAAGACAAACCCCUAUGGCAAUCUCUACGAAGUUCGAAAAACACCCAUCGCCAAGUCCGGCGGCUUCGACGUAGAACCUCUCAACAACCGCGUUUUCAAGGUCCAGAAUACUGAAAAGAUCAACCCGAUAUCUGGCAGGCCCGUCGGCUACAAGCUGGUUACCCCUGCCACGCAGAAGCUCCUCGCAGACCCCCGCAGCGUGCAGGCAAAGCGAGCCCUCUUUACACAACAUCACCUCUGGGUCACGAAGUACAAGGAUGAAGAGCUAUACGCCGCCGGACGAUACACCCACUUGGGCAAGAACGAGACAGGAGGCGUCACCGACGCCGCAGCGCGAAACGACGAUGUCCUCAAUGAAGAUGUUGUCCUCUGGAGCUGCUUCGGUCUCACGCACAACCCGCGUGUUGAGGAUUGGCCCGUAAUGCCCGUCGAGAUUCUUCAGGUUUCUCUCACGCCUUCGGACUUUUUCACGCAGAACCCUGCUAUUGACGUGCCUUCGGAUAAGGACCUGGGUUCCCAAUCAGCAGAUGGAUGCUGCAGGGAGCCUAGGCUAUGA